AUGGAAGGCCUGGCCAUGCUGAAGCAGCUAAUCGGUCAGCUUCAGCACCUCCUCGACUCUCAAUCUCAUCAUUCUUCUUCUCAUCACACUAUCCUCCUUCAACAAAACCCCAGAUGGACUGCGUUUGACAUCGAAAAUGGCUCUGUAGAUGAUUGUUUUGGCGUUGAAAUGGCAGCUGGAAAGUCUCAUAGUUUCAGGAUGUCGGAGCCUCUAAAGCCUCCACCCGCUAAGAAGCCUCGAAGAGAUCGAAGCAAGGGCAAAUCGUCAGGAAGAUCCUGUACAAGUGAAGUUAUGGAACAAGAAAUCUGGAAAGAUUUUCCUGAAGAUUUGUUUGAGGCAGUAAUUGCACGACUUCCCAUUGCCACUUUUUUCCGCUUCCGUUCUGUAUGCCGACGAUGGAGUUCUUUGCUGGCUUCUCAAAGCUUUUCUCAGCAUUGUGCCGAAAUCCCACAAGAAAAUCCAUGGUUUUACACCAUUACCCAUGAAAAUGUGAAUUCAGGAGCCAUGUAUGACCCUUCUUUGAAAAAGUGGCAUCAUCCUUCUAUAUCAGCAAUGCCCACAAAGUUGAUUGUUUUGCCAGUGGCUUCUGCAGGGGGAUUAGUUUGCUUUUUGGACAUUGGCCAUCGAAACUUCUAUGUAUGUAACCCGCUGACUCAAUCCUUCAAGGAGUUGCCAGCUCGGUCAGUGAGGGUCUGGUCUCGCGUUGCUGUAGGGAUGAUUGCGAAUGAAAAAUCUGCUGGUUCAGGCUACAAGAUCCUAUGGGUGGGUUGUGAUGGAGAACAUGAAGUUUAUGACUCGGUGAAAAACUCUUGGAGCCGUCCAGGAAACAUGCCUGGAAAUGUGAAGCUGCCAUUGGCCCUUAACUUUAGGUCACAAGCUGUCUCUAUUAACAGUACACUUUACUUCAUGCGUUCAGAUCCAGAAGGGGUUGUUUCUUAUGAUAUGGCAACGGGAGUUUGGAAACAAUACAUAAUCCCAGUGCCAUUGCAUCUGACUGACCACACUCUGGCUGAGUAUGAUGGCCAAAUCAUGCUUGCAGGAUUGCUCACAAAGAAUGCAGCCACGUGUGUAUGCAUAUGGGAGCUGCAGAAAAUGACGCUCUUGUGGAAGGAGGUAGACAGAAUGCCAAAUGUAUGGUGCUUGGACUUUUAUGGUAAGCACGUUAGAAUGACUUGCCUGGGUAACAAAGGCUUGCUCAUGUUGUCCUUGAGAUCAAAACAAAUGAAUCGGUUGGUUACUUACAACAUAGCAAAGAAGGAAUGGCUGAAGGUUCCCGGGUGUGUGGUGCCGCACGGGAGGAAACGGCAGUGGAUAGCAUGUGGUACUGCAUUUCAUCCAUGCCUGACAGCCGUGGCUUGA